AUGUCUUGCAAGGCGUGCGAGGAACUACCCCCUGUCUCCGCGGAAUGUACCGAGAAGGGAACGUACGAGGCAAUCGCCGGGUUGAAGACGUAUGUGACGGGCCCCGCCAACGCAACCCGCGCCGUGAUUGACAUCUACGACGUCUUCGGGCUGGCCAGCCAGACCAUCCAGGGCGCGGACCGGCUGUCGCAGCACAUCGGUGACUGCCUGGUGCUCGUGCCGGACCUCCUCGAGGGCAACUACGUCCAGCCCGACUGGCUGCCCCCGGACACGCCCGAGAAGCAGAAGCUCUUCGCCGAGUUCCGGGCGGGGCCGGGCGACGCGGGGAAGGCGGUCGAGAAGCUCCUCAAGGUGCGGAAGGAGGUCGGGGAGAAGUGGCCCGGCGUGGAGGACCACGUCCGGGCUCUGCUGGGGCGGCAAGAUCACCAGUGUCUGUUGCACAGCGCUCUCGACCCGGCUGACGGUGCGGCUUUGACUGUCCCGCAUAUCUGCCUCGCCUCUGCUGGUGAGCCGUCCGAGGCGGUUGCUGAACUCAAGGAGAUCCUGUCAAAGCCUGGUAAGAUCGGCCAUGUCGAGACCUACGGUCGCCCCAUGUUUCACGGCUGGAUGGGUGCUCGUGCCAACCUGUCUGACGAGACGAACGCGAGGGAGUAUGAGAAGGGAUAA